GAAUAGAGAAAGAGGAGGAGUGCGAACAGAAAUGCAGCGCGGCUCGCCCUGAGCCCGGCCGCGGGAGCGGAGCGGAGCCGCGUCCAUGUGCGCGCAUCGCCGCGCUGGGACCGGCGCUGCCCGCGGGCCGGGGGGGCUCUGACUCCGCCGGGGGCAGCCGGGCGGAGCGGCUCCGCGCCGCGGGGACCCGCGCAUCCUCCGCCACCCCUCUCUCUCCCUUCGGACACAGCAGCCGCCGGCGGAGCUUCGCGAAGCGGGGCGGCCGCCUCCCGGAUUUACAAGGCGCGGCCGGGGCUUUGCGCUCCCCGGGGACAGACCCAUGGGCGGCGGGGACCGGCGGCCAGACAUGGUUGUUCUCCCGGGCGCCCUGCUCCGCCUGGCCGGCUGAGCGCUGCCCGGGACUCGGAGCCGCGGCGCGGUAAGCGGGGCGUCCCCGUCCCCAGCGGCGCCCCCCGGAGCGGGGCCCAUGAGCGGCGAUGGCAGCGGCUAUCGCCAGCUCGCUGAUCCGGCAGAAGCGGCAGGCGAGGGAGUCCAACAGCGACCGGGUGUCCGCCUCCAAGCGCCGCUCCAGCCCCAGCAAGGACGGGCGCUCCCUCUGCGAGAGGCACGUCCUGGGGGUCUUCAGCAAAGUGCGCUUCUGCAGCGGCAGGAAAAGGCCGGUGAGGAGGAGACCGGAACCCCAGCUGAAAGGAAUUGUGACAAGGUUAUUCAGCCAGCAGGAAUACUUCCUGCAGAUGCACCCAGAUGGUACAAUUGAUGGGACCAAGGACGAAAACAGUGACUACACCCUUUUCAAUCUAAUUCCUGUGGGUCUUCGCGUGGUGGCAAUUCAAGGGGUGAAGGCAGGUCUGUAUGUUGCCAUGAACGCUGAGGGAUAUCUCUACAGCUCAGAUGUUUUCACACCAGAGUGCAAAUUUAAGGAAUCUGUCUUUGAAAACUACUACGUUAUUUAUUCUUCCACGCUGUACCGGCAGCAAGAAUCUGGCCGAGCGUGGUUCCUGGGACUCAAUAAAGAAGGUCAAAUUAUGAAGGGAAACCGAGUGAAAAAAACCAAACCCUCAUCACAUUUUGUACCCAAACCCAUUGAAGUGUGCAUGUACAGAGAGCCAUCGCUGCAUGAAAUUGGAGAAAAACAAGGACGCUCAAGAAAAAGUUCAGGGACGCCAACCAUGAAUGGAGGCAAAGUUGUUAACCAAGACUCGACAUAGCUGACAAAUACCCUCCUUUCUUCCAACUCCUCCCCUCCCACCCACCUACCCACCCCACCUGGUGAAACCACACUGAGACAAUGACAACUGAGCAAGGCAGGACCUACCGGUAGUGGCUAUGAGUGUGAACUCCAGAAUCUUUCUCUGUGUAGAACGAGGAAAGUGAACCCCAGAUCCUGCCUGUUGCAACGUUUUAAAAAACAACAAGAACAAAAAAUGAAGAAAAAUGUUUUAAAUCAGGACUCCAUUAACAUUUUCAAAAGCAAACUGUUUGCUCUGUGAUCAAAAGGGGGAAAAAAUAUCUCAUCUCUGCAUAAUAAUAAUAAUAACAACAACUAAUAAAUAUUAUAAUAAUAAUAAAGAUGUUACCUUUAAAAAUAAAACAAAGCUUUUGGAAAAUUGAACUUAGCAUGUGAUGUGCGAGAAACGUGUGAGAAACACAGUCUAAGCCUGAAGCCUGGGACUGUGCUUUCUGCAUUAUGCUUUCACCUCACGUUCACACCA